UUUAAAGUUGAGUUACAAAUUUACCCUUGCGACUUGUUCUAUUUCCAACGGUGGUUCACCAAGAUAAUAACACGCUUUUUCGCAUUUCACUCCCUCAAUUUGGGCACUCGAGCUGUGGCGCCAUUUUCAAAACCCCUUUAUCCGGGGGCAGUACCUAUUAUUAUUUUUCAAAGAAUUAGUAACAGAAUCAGAAAGAGACAGAGGGAGGGAUGAAGUUCAAGGCAUUCCUCACAGAGAAUGGUGUUAGCCUAUUAGAAAGGAGGUUCCUACCUGCCUUGGAAAAAAUGGGGAAGGUAUGCCACCUUUUCCUUACCAGGGACCAUACUAUCUUCCUUCACAACCUUCUCAAUGGGGAUGGAGUUCAAUCCAUUGCUCAAUUUCGAAAAGAGGCCCUCUUUGAUGAUUAUCGCAUUUCCAGCCAGAAUGAGGACCGCAUUGCUUUUGCCAUAGACAUUUCCCUUCUCUACCGUGCUCUACGAAGCAGUGUCAGUAUUUGCAGUGAAUUUGGGGGUGGUGGAGCCACUGAAAAUCGUCUCCAGAUUAAAUUGGUGAAGAAACUGCCACCAAACUGUACACAGCCAAUGCCUUUUCUUACAUUUGAAACCAAGGGUUAUAAAUCAGCAGUUAUUCAGGAUGUACCAAUAUCAAAACCAUUGUCCAGAGCUCAAGUGCUGGAACUUCAAACUGCUCUUGAUAUGGCCCAAGAUCUGCCUCAGACUUUGGUUCAAGUUCCAGACUUGAAUCAGUUGCAAAGCUAUGUGGACAGGAUGAAGCAUGUUGGUGAUUUACUAAAUGUCUCUAUAAGCAAGUAUGGAGAUCUUCAUGUGCAAAUAUCAACUACAUUGAUCACACUUGGUGCUGAAUUCAGGAAAUUGUUGGUUAUUGGAGACAAAGCUCAAGCUCCACCUGAGGAUCAAAAUUUAAGUGCUCAGACUCGGUCGCAGAGGGCAAUAUCAAGGGGAGAUGCUCAGUCUGUCCAAGUAAGUGUAAAGCAUUUUUCCAAAAGUCUUCAAUGUCAUCUAGCCAAACCGGACUGUGCUUUCUAUGGGAUUGUUCCUCCAGGGGCUUGCUUGACAGUAAUAUUCCAAUUUUUCAUCCCUGGAACGCGUCAAACAGAUAAAUCAAUAAGUCUACAUUGCAGGCUCCCUGUGCUUGAUCCCGGAUCAAGCUGAAGGAAGGUUUGAUAACCAUACAUGCUGUGUCUAGCUUUGGAGUGUGAUGAUCAGUAUCCAGAUUUACACACUCUGACUUGAGCAGUUGAAAAUUUCAAAUUUGCGAAGGAGCUUAGUGUGCAAUCAUGUAGUGGAGUUGUUUGUUAAUAUCUCUGUUUUGCCAUGUUGAACUGUGGAAUGGUUAAUAUUUUUUAAGUUACAACGUUGGGAAAACAUGUCAACCUGAAAUCAUAUAAUAUAAAUGUUAAAGUAUGUGCAUUAAGCAAAA